AUGGGGACCAUGGUGCUGACACUGUCCCUGCUGGCUGCGGCUCUCCUGUGCCCAGCCACCGCCACACUGCGCAUCGGUGCCUUCAACAUCCAGGCGUUUGGUGACAGCAAGAUGUCUGAUGAGGCCGUGGCGGACAUCAUCGUCAACGUCCUGCACCGCUACGACAUCGUGCUGGUGCAGGAGGUGCGCGACUCCGACCUCAGCGCCGUCACCGAGCUCAUGGAGCAGCUCAACAGCGUGUCCUCAUCCCCGUAUGACUACGAGAUCAGUGGGCCCCUGGGACGGGAGAACUACAAGGAGAUGUACCUCUUCAUCUACAGGACGGACGUCGUGUCGGUGGUGGACACCUACCAGUACGAGGACCCGCAGGACAUCUUCAGCCGGGAGCCAUUCAUCCUGAGGGUCUCAGCGCCCCACACCAAGGCAGGGGAGUUUGUGAUGGUGCCGCUGCACUCGGCCCCGCACGACGCUGCCGCCGAGAUCGACGCGCUCUACGACGUCUACCUGGCUGUGGUCAACAAGUGGGGGACCGACAACAUCGUGUUUCUGGGGGACUUCAACGCCGACUGCGCCUACGUCAAGCCGAGCGACUGGUCCUCCAUCCGCCUGCGCACCAGCGACAUCUUCAAGUGGCUGAUCCCCGACAGCUCCGACACCACCGUGGGGAAGUCGGACUGUGCCUAUGACAGGAUCGUGGUGUGCGGCGCCAAGCUGAAGAGGAGCAUCGUGCCGAACUCGGCCACUGUUUACAAUUUCCAGCGCGCUUUCCAGCUGGAGCAGGAGGAGGCCCUGGCAGUCAGCGACCACUACCCGGUUGAGGUGAAGCUGAUGGCUUGA